AUGGCUGCCAACGAGAUUAUGACACCCACAGUCAAUGCGAAUUGUCAAUACUCGACCAGAUAUUGUUGGGAGGCGGAAAAAGUCAAAUCAUUGAUCAGAUUGCGGGCGGAACUGUCGCCUUUGUUCACUGGCAAGCGAAAUGCCUCCAAAUAUGCCUGGGCCGUGGUGGAACGGGAACUUAAUGUGCCGCUGCCGCUGUCGAAGAUCAUCAAGAAGUGGAACAAUCUGCUGCAGGAGUACAAGGCCAUCAAGAUGUCCGAGGAGCCAAAGCGACGCGAAUGGCCCUUCUUCACCCUGAUGGACGUGUACUUCAGCGACCAGGUGAACGAUCCCUCACUGCGUCUCUUCUCGUCCACCAAGACGCUCAAGGAGACCCUCGACGACAGCGUCUUCGAGGAUGAUCCAAUCAUCGCCUCGGCCAUUGCGGCGGCCACCAGCGGUGCCUACAUGGACAUCGAUGAGCUCAUCCGGCGGCAGAAGGAGCGUGCCGCCCUGGCCGCCGAGCGGAAGUUGGCUGCCGCUGCCAGCGGAGGCGUCGGUGACUACAAAUUCGAGCUGAAGCCCAUGCUCUCGAACAGCAAGUUCAAUAGCAACAGCGAGAUGGCCAAGCUGUCCAAGAGCGUCGACGACCUCUCCAUGCAGCAGUACAAGAUCAAGCAAGAGCUAAUGCGCCAGCGGGAACAGGAGCAGCAGGAGAACAUGGUCAAGAUCAAGCAGCACGCACGCCAGCAGCAGCAGCAGCAACAGCAGCAUCACCAGCAGCAGCAGCAGCAACACCACCAGGCCCAGCAGCAGCAGCGAUUCCUGGGCCACCAGCAGGCGCUGUCGCCGCAUCCACACCGUUUGUCGUCCUCCUCGACGCCACCGGCUUUGCAGCAUGCGCUGCAGCAGCAGCAACAGCACAUGCUGCAGCAGCAUCAGCUGCAGCAACAGCUGCAACAGCAACAGCAGCAGCACCAACAGCAGUUGCAGCAGCAGCAGCAACAGCACCACCAACUCGCUCAUCCCCACCAGCCGCACACACCGCGCCCCAGUACGCCACCCACCACGGCGCAGCAGAUCCACAUCACGGCCACCCAGCACCAGGCCGCCCAGCAGCAGCUCCACCAGCAGCAGCAGCCGUCGCACAAGCAGCAGCAAUCCUACGCCGAUCCCAACACCAUCGACCAGUACCUGUUGUCGUGGAACAACUUCCAUGGGAACAUGUGCCGCGGCUUCCACUCCCUGCAGAAGGACGAGAAGAUGGUGGACGUCACCAUCGCAGCCGGCGGCAAGAUUUUUAAGGCCCACAAACUGGUCCUGUCCGUCUGCAGUCCCUACUUCCAGCAGAUCUUCCUGGAGAACCCAUCGAGUCACCCCAUCCUGCUGAUGGCCGACGUGGAGGCCAGUCACAUGGCCGGCCUGCUGGACUUCAUGUACAGUGGCCAGGUGAACGUCAAGUACGAGGAUCUGCCCGUUUUCCUGAAGGUCGCCGAGGCCAUGAAAAUCAAGGGGCUGCACACAGAGAAGAACCUGGACAGCGAUGCCAGCGACAUCAGCUCGCCGCACGAGAGCGACGGCACCGAGUGCCGUUACGAGCGCGGAACGCACAGCGUGAACAUCACCAGCGGACAUGCCGCCGGCUAUGGAGGAGUACCGCCCCCGCAGCAGUCCUCGCCGUCGCCCUCGCUCAAUGGACCCAACCGCUGCCCCACGCCCCUCUCCAGCGGCGGUUCCGGCAAUCCCAACUACGCCGGCUUCCGGGAGCACAUCAAGUCGAAGGCCACGCUGGCCGAGAACUUCAUAAAGAAUCUCAACAGGAACAACAACAACAACAGCAGCAGCAACAACUACAACCACCUGGGCGGCAGCAACGGUAGCCUCAACCUGACGGAGGCGGAGAGCAACUCCUUUGCCAUCCUGCAGGCGAACAGCAAGAAGAUGCUGGACUCGGCGCGCAAGCAGCACAAGUAUCUGGCCAAGCGCAAGAUCCUGAUGCACUACAACACGGAGCUGGGUGGCGAGAAGCGGCUGAAGGAGAUGGAGCGGGAUCGCUAUCCGAGUGCCGAGCAGCAUGACGACGCCUUGAACAACAAUCACAGCCACGCCACGGACAACAUUAUGGAGCCCAUCAUUACGACCAUUGUGCCACAGACGCCGCCACCUUCCACGCACAACAACAACUUCAAGAUCCGCCUGGUGGAGAGUCAUCAUCUGACCAACAACAACAACAACAACCAGAAUCAAAAUCAAAAUCAGAACCAGAGCAACAACCACAGCAGCAGCAGUCCGCAAUCGAGCAACUGCAACAACGACAACGACGAGGAGGCACUGAAUCUGGUCCAGAUACCCAAUGCCAACGGAGGCAGCAGGAACAGGGAGUCCACGCCCACAUGCGCGACUCCCACGCCCGACAUUCAGCUGAUCAAGCGGGAAGUGGAGACGGAACUGCCGCCGGCGGAGAACCUUAACAACAACAACGGACACGACGACGAGAUGGCUGGAGCAGGAUAUGAUCGCAAGUACGACGACAACAACAACAACCGCGGAUUGGACAUGGAAACGGACUCGAACAACAACAACAGCAAGCCGGGAGGCGACAACAACAAUGGGAUAGCACUGGCGCUGGGCAAGCACAGGCUGCUGAGUGCGAUCAAUAGGAGCAUGGAGCAGGAGCACACCGAUCAGGAUCAGCAGGAUCAGGAGGCCGAUCACGGCGGGAACAACUGCACUAGCGACGACAACAACAACAACAAUCACAGCCAGCACCUGGACCUGAGCACCAUCAAGAACAUAGCCACGGCGGAGAUCCUGUGCGGACUCAAGAGCAAGGUGCUCAAGCUGGAGGAGGAGCAGCGCGAGCGGGAGCGCGAAAGGGAGCGGGAACGGGAAGCCUGUCGCAGCCUCAGCGAGAUCAAGAAUGCGGAGUAAUCGAUCCCCCUGGAUCGAGAAGUGGGUGGGUGGUGGUGGAAC